UCUCUCUCUCUCACUUUUGCGCGCGCGCUUACAGGAAUGCCUCGGGCGGCGAGAAAGGCGCUUUAGAAGAUGCCCAGGCUGGAGCCAGCUUGCUGGCGGGCGGGCGGCAUGGCGACGAGCGGCGAGGCGGCGUCUCCCCUUUUGCGGGGCUGAGGCUCUGAGGCUACUGCCGCCGCCGCCCGGCGCACAAUGAAACUCUACUGCAAAGUGGUGGCCCUAGCGCUCUGCCUGGCGCUCCUGCUGCUGCUCUACCUCUUCGUGGGCAGCGACGCCGACGAGCCGCCUUUGAAAGCGGCCGCGGGGGGAAGCCGCCCGGCGCGCGCCUCUUCCUCCUCCGGCCCCGGCGGGGAAUUCGCCGCGGGGCGCUUCCGACCCGUCCAGGCUGCGGAGCGAGAGGAGGAAGAAGAAGCGGCGGCGGUGGCGGCGGCUCAGGUUUCCAAGAGGGAGCCACGUCUCCACAGAAAAACGGGCAGGCGCGGCGCUGCCCGAGGGAAGUUUGCGAACGUGAGGAGACCAAAGGACCAGAAGCAUUCUGCAGCCUCGCUCUCAUCUCCACAGUGGAUGCAUCUUGCGGUUGUAGCAUGUGGCGACCGGCUGGAAGAAACUCUCGUCAUGCUGAAAUCAGCAGUUCUCUUUAGCUACAGGAAACUCAGAUUUCACAUCUUUGCUGAGGAUUCCCUGAAACCCCAAUUUGAGAGGAAACUACAGGAAUGGCCCCCUUCGUACACAAAGAAGUUUGAAUAUAAUGUCUACCCAAUCGCCUUUUCAGUGGGAAAUGCUCAGGAAUGGAAAAAAUUAUUCAAGCCAUGCGCUGCCCAGCGGCUCUUUCUCCCGACCAUUUUAAAAGAUGUAGAUUCCCUUCUGUAUGUGGACACAGAUGUCCUAUUUUUGCGACCCAUUGAUGACAUCUGGGGCUUCCUGAGAGCAUUCAAUUCCACCCAGCUGGCUGCCAUGGCUCCAGAACACGAAAUACCAAAGAUUGGCUGGUACAGUCGGUUUGCUCGCCACCCAUAUUACGGAGUGACUGGGGUAAAUUCUGGAGUCAUGCUGAUGAAUUUAACCCGUAUUAGGAAUGCCCAGUUCAAGAACAGCAUGAUACCAACAGGCUUGACAUGGGAGGAGAUGUUGUAUCCUUUAUACCAAAAGUACAAAAACUACAUAACUUGGGGAGACCAGGACUUGCUCAACAUCAUAUUUUACUUUAAUCCAGAGUGUCUCUAUCUGUUUCCUUGCCAAUGGAACUAUCGGCCGGAUCAUUGCAUGUAUGGCAGUAACUGUAAAGGAGCAGAGGAAGAAGGUGUUUCUAUUCUCCAUGGGAACAGAGGUGUCUACCACGAUGACAAACAGCCUACUUUCAAAGCACUCUAUGAAGUGAUACGUGAUUUUCCCUUUGAAGACAAUCUCUUCCAAUCGAUGUACUACCCUCUCCAGUCAAAAUUCCUUGAUACUGUACACACUUUAUGUGGCCGAAUUCCUCAGGUUUUUCUGAAACAAAUCGAAAGAACCAUGAAGAAAGUCUACGAAAGCCGGGUGAUCGUCAACGUUGGGGCCAACUUCAGAUUAUAAGCGCAGCAAUAUAUUUUGAUACGGUUUUCAUAUUCUUAUCCAGUCCUCCUAAGGUACAUUAGGCUAUUUUAGGCUGCAAUCCUAUACUUCCCUGGGAGCAAGUCCAACCUAACUCAGUGGGGCUUACUUCAGAGUAGGCAUGUAUAGGCCUGUGCCAUCGGACAGUUUGCAGCUUGAGCAAAAGUGCCAGUUGGGGUAUUCAUUUAUUGGUUUGGUUUUAAUGGUGCACACACACAAUUAACGAGGUUGAUGAUGAUGAGAGUGGACAUGGGUGAAAGUCUAGGGAUUUCACUGGAAGAUGUCGGGAUUUUUCUGCAAUUGAUUGCUAAAGCACGGAGUCUGGGCGUGUAAAAAUUUUUAAAAUUUCAGCUGCCCAGGAAAAUGAAUGCCUUGAAGUAGGUAGAGACAGAUAUUGGGUGAAUCCUGAAUUUCUGUGAGAAGGUCACUUUCUUCUUCAAAGUCAUUACUUCUACUUGAAAGAAAUUUUGUUGACUAUGCUCACAGGUAUCACUUAAGUUUUACAGUGGCAGAGGAAGGAAAUGCAUUAACUUUUCCUCACGUAAUGAACUUGUUGCUCUUCUCUCUCUACUUCCUAAGACUGGUGUGAGGAGCCUUUGGCCCUGCAGAUGUUGCUGUACCGCAAUUCCCAUCAACUGGCCAUGGUUGCUGGGGCUGAAGGGAGUUUUGGUUCAGGAAGAUCUGGAAAGCCAAAGGUUCCCCAUGCUUGUCCUAAAUCUUAUCAGCAUUUUGGACCUUGAUACUUCCCUCGUGAACAUCUUUCCUCCAUGGUGGUUACCAAAGCUAGUGUAGGAAGUACCAAUGAAAUACAAAAGUUUGUUAAGUUAACAGACUAGCACCAGAGCCAGAUACAAGGAAACAGUUUUGCAACAACAAACAUACCAUCACAGCAAUCUAUCAACUGAGCAUUAAUUAGGAUCAGUGUGUAGGCUGCUUCCUUUGAGCCAAACAUGAAACUGAGGGAAAUUCAUCCUGGCUGUACGUUUACAUUGCACUGUUAUAUUUGAGACAGGGCUAUCUAUCUUCUCUACAGCAACAGGGGAACUUGCUGCUGCAGAAGCGCACUUGGUAGAUUGUAGUUAGAGGUCACAAGCCACUUGGAACAUCUUCCCUGCAAGCCCCAAUGGGUGAAUUGAAGAUGCAUAAAACCCUUGCUCAACUCCUGUGCAUUUGAAAUUCAGUGUGGCUGUAUAAGGGGCAGUUUAUGAACUGUGCAAAAAUUAGAGGUGGAGUGGGAGAGAUGUUAGGUUAGUAACAGAUCUUGAAACAGGCUGAUGGCUUUGUCUUUUGGGUUUUUUUAAAGUAAGCUGUAAGUAGAUUUCAUACUUGUCUAGGCUGAAGUCAGCCUGAGGACUUGGAUCCCUUCCUCUACUGCUAAUAGCAAAUGCCUACUAAUUGCCAUGGCACCAAGUGCAGACUACCUGCUUUUGGUUGCUUUUGCCAUGCCAAGACCCCACUCCCCCAGAGACACAUUUGUCCUCAAAAGUAUAUUAUGGAUACCAGUACUGUAUAAAUUUAUAGUGUCUCAUUGAUUUGGGAUACAAGCCCUCCGAUUUAGCAGCCGUCUUCCAUGCACAGAAACUGUUAAUGACUUCUUGCUACACAGAAUAAAUAAGGAGCUGCUCCACUGUUCUUUCUUGCACACAGGGGAUCCUGUGUAGGAAGUUCCUAUGUGUGGGUAACAAAUGAGAACAAAUGGUAGAAUAAAAAGGCGAUAGAAUAGAUUCAUCUAUACCAAGUGUUGUCCAUGUGGAAGUUGCUGCAGUGGCACAGAGCAGUACAGCUAGUCAGUCUGCAUUGCCGCACUGCCUGUGCACAUCUCGAGGCUCAUUCAGACCUGGAGAAGCCAUUUUCAGGGUCAAAUAUAUGCAGCCAUUUUGUUUAAAGCAUCACCAGCAUUGAUAGGGCUCUGGCUCAACCACCCUCACUAGUGGAUGCAAAGUUCAAUGGUGCAAAGAGGAGCAUUUCUAUGACUACAGCACCAACAGCGGCAAAGGAACGAGCAGUGUUGAUAGUGCAAUAUACGACACUGUUAUAAUAAGUACCAGUGUUGUUCCAGCACCAUCUCUUAUCAUUUCAUAGUAUUUAUUACCACCUGUGGGAGAAAUAAUAACUUACUUUCUCUCUGCCAGUGUUUACGCCACUAAUGAGAAUAGCAGGCACUGCCGGUGCUAUUUCCUUGCCACAUGUUGUUGUUGUUUAGUCGUUUAGUCGUGUCCGACUCUUCGUGACCCCAUGGACCAUAGCACGCCAGGCACUCCUGUCUUGCACUGCCUCCCGCAGUUUGGUCACACUCAUGUUCGUAGCUUCGAGAACACUGUCCAACCAUCUUGUCCUCUGUCGUCCCCUUCUCCUAGUGCCCUCAAUCUUUCCCAACAUCAGGGUCUUUUCCAAGGAUUCUUCUCUUCUCAUGAGGUGGCCAAAGUAUUGGAGCCUCAGCUUCACGAUCUGUCCUUCCAGGGAGCACUCAGGGCUGAUUUCCUUAAGAAUGAAUAGGUUUGAUCUUCUUGCAGUCCAUGGGACUCUCAAGAGUCUCCUCCAGCACCAUAAUUCAAAAGCAUCAAUUCUUCGGCGAUCAGCCUUCUUUAUGGUCCAGCUCUCACUUCCAUACAUCACUACUGGGAAAACCAUAGCUUUUACUAUACGGACCUUUGUCGGCAAGGUGAUGUCUCUGCUUUUUAAGAUGCUGUCUAGGUUUGUCAUUGCUUUUCUCCCAAGAAGCAGGCGUCUUUUAAUUUCGUGACUGCUGUCACCAUCUGCAGUGAUCAAGGAGCCCAAGAAAGUAAAAUCUCUCACUGCCUCCAUUUCUUCCCCUUCUAUUUGCCAGGAGGUGAUGGGACCAGUGGCCAUGAUCUUGGUUUUUUUUGAUGUUGAGCUUCAGACCAUAUUUUGCGCUCUCCUCUUUCACCCUCAUUAAAAGGUUCUUUAAUUCCUCCUCGCUUUCUGCCAUCAAGGUUGUGUCAUCUGCAUAUCUGAGGUUGUUGAUAUUUCUUCCAACAAUCUUAAUUCCGGCUUGGGAUAAGGUGACAUGGGACUCUUUGGUCAUGGUGCAACACAGAGUUAAGUGUCCCUACAUUCAUUAAUCUUGAUGGGCUUAAGCUCGCUUAUGUCUGUGACAGAUUGUGCCUCACUUUCCUGGCAACAGAUGAAUACAGCUGUUCUUCUGAAGCAGAAGUGUGGUAACAGCCCCAUUCCUGAGGGAAAAUGCAGAAAACGCAGAAAUGGGAUUGCAUCAUUCCACCUGUAGAAUUUGAAGAACUGACAGAAUGUCUGCUGUAAUUCCCCCCUCCCCCCUCAACCACCCCCAUCCAUACUCUGUGCCACCCCCCAACCCGUUUCCUGAAGGUUGAAGAACCUUUCAGAACAGAUUUGGGAAGAGGAAGUUCCGUCAUGCAAUGAAAAAUCCUUCCAGUGAUGGAACAUUCACCAUAGCGCUACUUUGAAUAUAACCUCAGGUUACUUAGCAGCUGUCUUUUGGAGAUGUCUGGUGUAGCGUAUGGCUUCAGAACAAAUUCUGAAUAUGUGCAGUUUCUUUUGUGAAAGGGGUUCCUGUUACCCUACAUAUCUUUUAAGAUUUCUGUGUGACACCUGAGAGCAUGCCCAUGUUUCGAGCUCUGAAAGGAUCUUCAGUGUGUUCUGAAAAUUCUGAAGGCCGCCAUGUUUCAGGUAACAUGGUCUACAACACAGAGGGAGAAGUGUAGUACAAGUAACUGCUACAUACACAAACCUAGCAUUUGAUUCAGGCCAGUCUGACAAAUGUGUGUGGUAAUCUGAUCUCGGACUCUGGAGAGGAGGACAGGUAUGAAACUUCUGCUGAAAUUCAGUAACAAAUGCUGGUCAUAUGCCUUCUGCUUUCAGAGUCAAGCGUUUAAGUCCUUCUCGUGUAUUCAGAUAUUGAGUUCCAAUUUCAUGAUUAUGGUAAAGCAAAAGGGGUAAUGAAGGAAGCAAAGGGCUUGAGUUGGGUAUGGAGCAGGGAUGGGUGUGACCCUCCAGAUGCCAUUGGACUAUAACUCCUAUUUUUCCUGACCAUUGAUAAUGCUGUCUGGGGCUGAUGGGAGUUGGAGCCACCAAUAUUUGGCUGGCAACAAGCCCUCUGCCCCUGUUGCAGAAGAAAACAUCCUCACUCCUGGUGCUUGAUGGAUUUUCAGAAGCUGCAAUGUUUUUUUGUAUUUUUGUUUUUGUUUUUUACAAGGAAGCGUAUUUUCUCCAAUGUCUGCCUUUGGUAUAUGAAGGAUUUGGUUUAACAUUAAAAAACCAUUCUGCACAAUAUUAAUGGAAUUAUGCAAAAGAAAUUGUUUUCCAUAUGCAUUUUAUUUGGCUUGGGAGGGUGUAGCCGCUAAAGUUCUUAAGGGGAUAUAUAUUAUAUAAAUGUUUACUUUUUCGCAUAGUAAUUUAUACUUUGCUGCAAUUUAUGGCACUAUAUCACAUUUACGUUUUUAACAAUAGUUUGUUUUUGCAAUAGUUUGUUUUUGAAAGACUUUUAUUAACAUUAUGCCAUACCCAUUGCUGAUUUCUUUGAAAAGUGCUUCACUUAUUAUAAAAUACUGGACAUAUACAGUUGUACCUUGGUUCUCAAACAGAAUCCAUUCCGGAAGUCCGUUCGACUUCCGAGAACGUUCAAAAACCAAGGGGCGGCAUCUGAUUGGCUGCAGGAGCUUCCUGCAUUCAAUCAGAAGCCAUGUCGGACGUUCAGCUUCCGAAAAACGUUUGCAAACUGGAACACUUACUUCUGGGUUUGUGGUGUUCGGGAGCCAAAAUGUUUGGGUCACAAGGCAUUAGAGAACCAAGGUACAACUGUAUAAACCUCUUCCUCAUCCCCAUGUAGUAUUAGUAUAUUCUCAACUAGAAUAAUCUUGCCGGAAGAGUGUUUUCCACCUAUUGUGAUUUAGAAGGAGGAGGUGUCAUCAGAAUGCUUACUAACCAACCCAGAAAAGGUCACAGUUUUAAAAUAUUUGCAGCAAAUGCAUCCAUCUAUUCCAACCUUGUUGUGGAUGGGCUUGUGAUGAAGCCACAGCCUGAUUGAUUCACCACCUACCUACCCAUGAGCUAUUCAUGAUAUGAUGAGCUCACUGUGCAUUAAAUGCAGUCAGUGAGUGAGCAGCAAAAUGCUAAAGUGCUCAGUGGUGAGCACAUAUUUUAUGUGCAGAAUAUCUCAGGAUCACAGGUGACGCCUUGAAGAACUGUCAGCAUAGGUGGCACGAGGCUAGACAGAUCAAUAGCCUUACUUUAUACAUUCACACUGCACACCUCCAGGUGCAAAAAAAGACAAACCAGCAUGUUAACAUGUGGCGCAAACAAUAUAAUCUAGCCUUGCACUCUUUAAAUCUUACCUAUGGAAAUAAUUAAACGUACAACCCUAAGCAUCCUUAUGUAUGCAGAUUUAAUUCAGUUGGAGUCACUGUCCAGUCUUGGGCAGAGUUAGGCGUGGUUCUUGCUUUCAAGCUUAGAUGUGCCUAAUUGUGCUGUCAGGCUGCAAACAUGCUUAUGAUUUCAGCAACUGCCCAAACCUUAUCUCAAAGAGUUUGGCCAUUCAAGCUCAAGAGAUCCUGUUGAGGGCAAAAUAAGCUAUUUAGCAUUAAGCUAGUGCAUAACCCAUUUUGAUCUGUGUAGCGUUCCUCCAGUUGCUUUAGUAUACUCAGCUAGACUCUCUAUGACCUCGCUGGAUUCCAAACCCCCAAGUACGAGUCGAUGGAGUUUUGCCAAGCAAAAACUCCUGCCUUCCCAUUUUCCCUGGUGUAAAACACAACACCUUAAUAACUGUGACGCCGCAACACUUUACAUAAAAAUAACCCCUACAGUCCAUAGGACUUUUGAGUAAUAUUUUUAGGAAUUGGGAAGUUCAGUCAUGAAGUCUAGCAUAAACUUUGUAAGCACAAAUUAUUUGAAAUAAUUUACUCAAGAAUAGUAGUUGAGCAGAACUGAAAUAUUCAAGGUGUUGUUUUUUUUAAAAAAAAUUCUGCCAAGGUUGAUCAAUCCAUUAGAGCCCUGGUCUUAUGUAGCUAUUUGAUUGCAUGUGGAAAAACGAUACAGAUUUCAAUGGAAAGCGAAAAAUGCAAAUUACUUUGUGUAUGUAUAGUUGCAUAAGGUAUGUCUGUAAGGAAUUGCAAUCAGUGUCAUGCUACUUAAGUGUCUUGUAUAUUUGUAUUUGACAAGUGCACCAAAUUUUUAUAGCUCCUAAGGAGAUGAUUACAGUGCAUUUCUAAGUCAUAUGCAAUUUUAGGCUUACCGUGUAAUUAAAUGAACUUUUGAGCAAACCUCAUAUUUGAGUAGCCUCUUUCUUUUAUUCUAGGAAAGAAAAUUAAGUCUUCCAAUAAUCAGGCUGCCUAUGUGUAUGCAAACAUAAAAUUGUCCAAUCCAGAAACUCCCUCUUUUAAAAUGGGACCUAAUUCUUGAUUUUAGUCGUUACCUGAAAUAUAAGCCAUGAAAGUGUUAAUAGUAUAAGCAAUCUGUGCUGUAGAACAUACAGUGAAAGGUUCUUUACCUGUCGGUUACUAGAGAGUGUAAACAAACGAGUCAUAAGAAAGCGCAGAAGAACAGAACGUACAAACAGAAUGCAUGAUGUGUUCGAAAUAUAAAGCCUUGCAUGUAUUUCAGGCUGUAGCACAGAUUCCCCUCUUUAUAUGGAGGAAAAGUGUGA